UCCGGAGCGGGCAGCCGCAGCCCCGAGCUCCCCGCUCUUUCCGCCCGCGGCAGCGCCCAGAGCCCGCCCCGGCCGGGGCCGGACCCGGACGUCCGAGAGCGGCUCAGCUUCGCUUUCGCUUCGCUCUGCUCCGCCGGGGCGGCGCGGGCCCGGGGCCGGCGGGGAACGGGCUGUGCCCCGAUCGCCGCCCCACGGAGGGACGGAGAGGGCUCCGGGCACAGACCUCCCCAGAGCCCAUCGAUGUCGCCGCGCCUGCUCAGGCCGGUGGGCUGGUGCUCGGCGGCCGUGCUGGGACUGCUGACGGUGGUCGUCUUCGUCCUGGUCCUGACCCCGGCAAAGGAUGCUGUCCUUCCUACCAGAAUCAAAUACGGUCUGGUGUUUGACGCUGGCUCCACACACACGUCCCUCUACAUCUACCGGUGGCCCGCGGACAAGGAGAAUGACACUGGCAUUGUGUCCCAGGUGGAGGCCUGCUCUGUGUCCGGCCCCGGCAUCUCCAGCUACGCAGACGACCCCGCGGGGGCUGGCGCCAGCCUGAAGCCUUGCCUGGACAGGGCCAUGAAGAUCGUCCCGGCCGAGCAGCAGCGAGAGACCCCCACGUACCUGGGGGCCACGGCCGGCAUGCGGCUGCUGAGGUACCGGCACGGCCAGGCCGGCGCCUGCCGCCCUUCCCGGCGCUCCUGCGCCGCGCCGGGGCCGGGGCUGGCAGCGGGGCACACGGGCCACGGGGGAGCUGCCGGGCCCCCCGUGCGGGGACAGUUCUUCGCCUUCUCGGGGUUUUAUCACAGCCUACACUUUCUGAACCUGACAGGAGGGCAGUCCCUGAGCUUGGUCAAUGCCACCAUCACACAGAUAUGCAACAGCAGCUGGACACAGGUGCAGGAGUUGUUCCCCACAGCAAGCAGGACCCAGCUCCGUGAUGCCUGCACAGCCAGCUCCUACACCCUCACCCUCCUUCUGCAAGGCUACAAAUUCAAUGUCACAACGUGGCCUAGCAUCCACUUCAUCCGGCAGGUUGCUAACGUAGAUGUGGGCUGGACUCUGGGCUACAUGCUCAAUCUCACCAACAUGAUCCCCUCGGAGCCUCCCACAGCAGUCACAGAGCUCCCGAGAAGCAUCUGGAUAGCAGCCACAGUUCUGCUGGCCAUCAUGCUCAUCCUCACCUUCUGCCUGCUCACAGCCACGUGCUGCCACAGAAACUCCUCUAUGGCCUAUGAGCAGCUGUAACAGCGCUGCCUCCAGAGGCUGCCACGAGUCCUGCUGCCACACCUCUGCAAGGAGCUGCUUCCCAAGAACCACCCCUGUGUGCCCAGGGGCCACGGACUUGUCCUGGGGGGCCCUGAGUCCUGGCCUGGUGAGCUGGAACCGGCACAGCUGUAAAACACCCUCCCCAUAGCUGUGUGCUCUGGCUCUCCUUUCCCUGCACUCCAGGAGGGAGGGCUUGGCCAUGCAGGCCAGGGGCUCAGCCCUGGGGCCUGGGGACCAGCGUGCUGUGGGGGGGCUGGAGAUGGGGACUGAGCGGGUCUGGCAGCAGUGGGACUGUCACAGGGCUGGUUACAGCCCACAGCAGAAGCCCUGGGUGGGACACACACGUCCUGCCCCAUCCCAUGGCCAGUGCCAGCCCCCAUGGCCAGGGUCCAUGGCUUUGGGGAUGUUUGGGGUGCUGGCCUGGUAGACAGGGCUCUGCUAGGACUGGGUAGCCCUGUGGGGGGGAUGGCACAGCUCCCUCCUCUCCUGCAUGAGGUUCCUCUCCAGUCCAGCUGCACCCCAUGCCCCAUGCCUGGCAGACAGCUCAUCCUCCCUUUCCAACACAGGGUGACUUGGCAACACUGCUGGGUCAUGGCAGGGGCAACUCCUGUACAUUUUUGGGAGUCCUACUGGCAGCCAAUGAUGGGUGAGUUGAGACACCUCCUCAGAGAAGGAAAAGGCCUCUCCUUGUGCCGUGUUGGCUCCACUCUGAGGUCCAGCAGACACCUCAGUGUCUGCAGGGACACCUCCCAUAGAUUCAUUGCCUCACCCCUGAGUCUCUGUCAUCACCAGCCCUUACUUGGGAGACAGAAGUAAUAAAGUCACAACGAUUUGGGAGCAAAGUA